GGCGGAGGGAGCCCGGACCGGGGCGGCCUCGGCAUGGGGUCCACCUACCUGGACUACACCAUCGAGAUCCCGGAGCUCAACGCCCAGGGCGGAGGAAGCAGCCUGGACCUGGGGUCCAUAGAGAGCGGGCAGAACCAGCCUGUGGUGAUCCUGCUCGGCUGGGGAGGCUGCAGCGAUAAAAACCUGUCCAAGUACAGCGCCAUUUACGCCAACAGGGGCUGCACCGUGAUCCGCUACACCGCGCCGUGGCCGUCGGUCUUCUUCUCCGAGUCCCUGGGCAUCCCGGCCCUCCGGACGCCGGCCAAGAAGCUGCUGGAGCUCCUCUUCGACUACGAGAUCGAGAAGAAGCCCGUCCUCUUCCACGUGUUCAGCAACGGGGGGGCCAUGCUGUACCGCUACAUCGCCGAGCUCAUCCACAGCCACCGCCAGUUCAGCCACCUGCAAGUGGCGGGCACCAUCUUCGACAGCGCGCCCGGCCGCCAGAACCUGCCGGGGGCCGUCCGGGCCCUCUCCUCCGUCCUGGCGCCGAGGAACGCGGCGCUCCGCCUCCUGCUCCUCUGCGCCUUCGUGGUGGUGGUGGCCGUCUUCCGGAUCCUGCUGUACCCGGCCACCCGCUACGUCCACGCCAGCCACUACGACGCCUUGCGGGCCGAGGCCUCGCGCUGGCCCGAGCUGUACCUCUACUCCAAGGCGGACCGGAUCAUCCUGGCCGGCGACGUGGAGGCCAUGGUGCGGGCCCGCCUGGACCGCCGCGUCCUGGUGAGGGCCGUGGACUUCACGUCCUCGGCCCACGUGCAGCACUUCCGCGAGUACCCCACGUACUACGCCAGCCUCUGCCUCUCCUUCAUGAGGGACUGUGUUGGUGGCUGAGGGGGCCGGGGAGGGACCCCGGGCCACCCCCCGGCUCCGGAAAUAAACGUGUCGCUGCCACCUC